CUCUUUGAAAGAAUUUUGCUUCUUUGACCACGUUUUUCUGAACCAAGUUUUUCGCUUUUGAAAACAUGGGUCGCGUACGUACCAAGACAGUGAAGAAAGCCUCCAAAGUCAUCAUUGAAAAAUACUACACACGUUUAACUUUAGAUUUCCACACAAACAAGCGCAUCUGCGAAGAAAUCGCAAUUAUUCCAACAAAACCUCUACGUAAUAAAAUUGCAGGAUUUGUCACACAUUUGAUGAAACGUCUUAGGCAUUCACAAGUGCGUGGAAUUUCCAUCAAAUUGCAAGAAGAAGAACGUGAAAGACGUGAUAAUUAUGUACCAGAAGUCUCUGCUCUUGAACAUGAUAUCAUUGAGGUUGAUCCAGAGACCAAAGAAAUGUUGAAAAUGCUUGAUUUCAACAAUAUCAGCGGAUUGCAGUUAACACAACCAGCUACAAACACAUUCAACAGACGUUCUUAAUUUUUUUUAUAAUGUAAUUUACAUUUAAAAUAAAUACAAAGUAUUUGUAC